GGAGCGCUAGAGCUUUCUUGGUAGUUAAAAGUCUAAGAUUCAUUUUCUUUCAUGAUUAAAUCUGUGUUAGUUAAGGAUCUUUUCUGGAAUGGUAGCCCAGUGUGACAGAAAGAUAUUUAAGAAAAUCUGUAACAGUGAUGGAACUGAUAAUUAAUGAUGCUUUUCAGGAAAAUCUCCGAUCAGGUGAUUAUUUUUCUUUAAGCUUGACUCUGACACUCCAAAGUUAGAUCCUCAUAGUCAGGCCAGGUCUGAAGUUUUGCCCUGGAUAGGUUACAUCCACCCUUUCUAAGCCCAGGUAUAUCAGACCUCACACUGUCCAUGUUACAAGAUGCUGUGCCUUCCUGGAUACUGGAUUUCCCAAAACCCUAUCCAUCUAUAAGCCUUCUUACCAGCCUCACAGUGCCUCUUUACAGUGGACUGUCUCAGGAACUCACACAUAAUUCUGUGCCUGCAGGGAACUUCCCAACACAGAUGUCCAGGAGCAAAGCUAUUUAAAAUCACCUGCUUGAGAACAGGAACUGAACCUUUGUACAGCAAUGGAGAGCACUGCAAUCAAGUAGGGGCUCUAAGGGAAAGAAACAUGUUGUGAAAGUGUCCAAGGGACUCCAUCCCAGGAUACCUGCUGUUCUCUCCAAGAGGCCCUCGCCAUGGGUUUCAAAGGAGGUGAGAAUUAUCUGCCAGGACUCAGCAGGAGAAUCCAGUGCCUAAGACAUCAUCCCAAGGGAAUGCUAGAGAAGAUGGGCUACUGCUAUUCCCCUGUGUGAUGAAGCCAGCACAGCGCUGGGGACGUCAUCCAGGAAAGCCAGGGCUACAAAAGGAGGACGCACAGAGCAUGGGAGCCAUGCGCAGCCACGGGGAUGACACUGAAGAUGAGAGCAGCAAGUUCACUGACAAUGUUGAGGAAGAGGCCGCACGUGGAAGAGCCAGCAGCAGUGACAUUGGUGCCAGGUUCUGCCAUUCCCUUCUGAGAUCUGGUGCGUCUGGCAGCUGAUGGGGACCUGGAAUGACAAAGCACCUGUGAAGUCACUGGGCAUACUCUGUGACCCCGACAGACAACAGUUCUUGCUCUCAUGAAGGCUGCCUCCUAUUACAUGAGCGAAACCUGAACAAAUAAUAAGUUAAGUGCAUUAUGCUUACAAUUUAAAAUUCUGAUGAGUGUGAUUGUUUUGUCCUGUGUUCCCAGGUCCCAGUUUAUCAUCUACUGACUUAAAACUGGCUGGUGGUAAUUCACAUAGCUGUAGAACCCACAAUAACACGUUUCCUAUUGUCAUGGUCCUCAUUUCUUUUCCAUAUGGUGUAAGGAAAUUUUGCUUUUCUUUCAAAGGCCACCUUGAACACAAGAGGUUCUGAGACUCAGGAUGUUUUGAGACCAAGGUUUUUAAUUGUGGUGCUGUAUCCAAGUAGCUGUGGAGAUAUAGGCAAGUCUAAUCCUUCCUGAGCCUUGAUUGUCUUCCUGAAAAAUAAGGAAGCUGUUGUAGGUCUGUGAGGUCACUUCAUGCUCUGGGGUGUGUCUGAGUCAAUUAUGGAAUAAGAUGUCUGUAAUAGAGAUCAGUAACAACUGUGGUCAAGAGCAUACCCAACCCUGAUUAUGUUUCCUUCAGGAGCAUCUCGCUGAACCUUUGGCCUGAGAAUGCAGAACAAAAAGAGCAUAAUAGGAGAUGCAGUGCCUGGUGGGUGGGAGAUCCAAGAAGACAAAGAGAAGAAUGAGACCUAUGCCAAGAAGAGGGGAUGUGCACAGGAGGCCUUACUCCAGACCCCAGAGCCUUGACCCUGGAACUGCCCUUCCAGCGAUGCCCAUCAGUCCCUGGAUAUACUCAUUUUGCUACAAGCAUCGAUAUGGCACUGACUCUCGGUCCCUCACUUGACGUGAGGGUAGAAACCAGUGAGCAAUUAAGCUCUCAACUGGCAAAGAGCCAACGAGAAUCAAAAGAACUGAAGGAGAAGCUUCGUAGAGCUGAGACUAAGGCCUACCUCCUGGCAAAGCACCUGCGGGACCACAAUUGUGAAGAGUAUGAAGAUCUAAUUGAAUCAAUGCUGAGGGAGAAGCCGCACUUCCUGGAGGGGCAGCUGGCAGAGGAGCUGCUACCUGCGGAGAAUCUCAAGAAAUGUGGUGUUCAAAUUCAAGAGCAGGCCCAAGAGCUGACCCAAUUACAGCGGAAGUUACAGGAAGGGAGAGCUCUUUCUCAGCUCAUUCAUCAAAAUCUCCAGGCCCUCCUCACCCAGCAGGACCCUGACAGCUGCCAGAGCCGGCAACUACUCACUGAGCUGCUCAAGCUGACAGAGCACCUUGUUGCCAAACUCAGCACAGUCAACCAGACAUCUGGGAACCAGGAGGAGCCUUACGUGGACUCUCCCCAUACCAGCAGGCCAAGUCUCAGGCUGGCCCAGCUGGAGCUUCUCAAUGGCCUGCCUAAACCCAGAGUGGGACCCUGGUGGAGGUGGCUUACGAUGAGAUCUGUGCCAGUGUCUGGAACCUCCAGCAAGAAGAAUGCUUCUUCAGGGAAGCCGGCCUUGGCAUCGGCCCAACGGCUCUGGAUCGGGAGCGGCCUUCCCUAGGUCCUGCCCUGCCCAGCGGGCCCGAACUCGAGCUGCCCCGGCUGGGGCAGUUCCCUGUCCCAUGUGCAGCCAUCGCGGGACCCCGUUGGCCGUGUCCUGCGGCCGGGCACGUGGCCGUGGCUUACUUCCAGGUCUGUGACAGUGCCUGGGGCCUCCGGCGGGAGG